AUGGCUCUCGCUCCUCCUAACCAGACCAACCUCUGCUUUCCUAUCUACCUCCCCAACUGUGUAGUAAGCGCCGUUGCUUCUAGCAUUCGACGCCAAACCAGCAUCAACGCAAGCCAGAAAGACGACGACAGAGGAGGAGGAGGCGAAAAGCAGACGAGUCAAGGCCAUCCGCUCAUGCAACCACCGAACACUGGGUGGAAAGGCGCCAUCCCGGCCAAGGACGGCGGUCGGGAGGAGCAGUAUCUGCAGAAGCCACCUUACUGUUGGCAAUCGCAAGAGUUCGAGGUCAAGUAUAGGGCAAGAUGCUGGUGUGGUAAACUCGAGUUUGAAUACCACGGAGACCCAAUCGAUGCUAAACACUGCCACUGCACACAAUGCCAACGUCUUCACGGCGCACCAUUCCAAUGGGCAGCACUUUUCCACAAGACUUCAGUGCGGCUAGCGAAGCAUUGCGAUCCUAUCCAUCUCGACUUUUUCUCGACGCAGGAAGGCCAUAGCGAACACAGCGUUCCCUGUAAAAUCAGUUGCAGAAACUGCAGAAGCCCAAUGGCAGACGAAGGCCGUAACAUGGUGAUGGCAUAUCCAUCAUCGUUUGGUUUUGAGGAGAACGAGGUUCCCGCUGCGUUUGCACCGACGGCACACAUCUUCUAUAGCGAACGUGUUAUGGAUCUCGACGACGACGUCCCCAAGUGGGCGGGACACAAGAAUGCAUCCGAACAGCUCCCGCACACGCCCCAGCAAGACAGCGAGCGGACGAUGGGCAAAGGCAAGAGAUCCAAGUCGCAGUCGCGUUGA